GGAUUUCCCUGAGACAAACAGGAACAAGGAAGUUAAACAGUAUACAUACGUUACUAAGUACCUGCCCGUCGAAUAUAUCUCGCAGUAUAUUACAGACAUUCGUGGGUGACACUGGUAAUCUCGUAAACCUUAGAUCAAGCAUCAAUAAGAGAUUGACUGCGGGUAUGUUGCAUUUUCUUACCAAUACGUAUAAUAAAUCUAUGGUAGGCUGAUGUUGCCGAUAUAUUUAUUGUUCGCCAAACCGGAAGUUGGUUUAUUACAUCUGGUGUCGGUAUAACUGAACGAUUUCGCGUUUUAACAAACAUAACCGAUACUUCUAACUGUAUUACGUUUUGCGUAUGAUAUAAUAGGGCUUUCAGCUUGUUGAAAUGGCUAUAAGUUGCUCACAUCUUUGCAUUCGUGUAAAAGUAAUAUAUUAUAUGCAUCAGUGGAGAGUUUAUAAGCCUCUCAAUAGUAUGUAUUCUUAAACAAAUUUGAAGCGGAGUCCGUAGUACUACAACUAGUCAAUGACAUGAGGUCACUAAAGCAUCUUGAACGACUUAAUUUACCGUCGUUGGGAGACGGGGACAUUAUGGUAUAAGCCCUAAUCAAACGACGAUAAGAGUUUACUGACACUCUCGUGCACUCGAGUUGAGUUGAGUUGAGUUGGAUCAAAUUUCGACGAGAGGCGAUGUUGUUGGAAUUUUGACAAGAGGUAUUAAUGUUUCCUAAAGCCUGGUUUCCAUAUGGUCGUAAUGAUCGCAAAAAUAGAGUUACGAUCUUUUUCAACGGCCAGUUUGUAAUAGUUUAUACCUGUAAACCACAUAUAAAUCAUAAAUAUACUCUAGUUAUAAUCACUCCGCGUAUAUUCAGUUCUAAAAUGCUGUAUUUUGACUGAUGGGAAAGAUCGUGACUCAAUCUUUACGACCAUUACGAGUUACGACCAUAUGGAAACCAGACUUAAGUAACAGUUUAUAUCCAUUUAUACCCUCGAACAAGUCUUGGUUUCGUUUGACCAGGAGGGGAGACUAUACUUUAUAUGCAAGCUUUCGCUUAUCGACUCUGAUAAAUUGUCAGUCAUCCUUGUUGAAUGAAAACCGCGGGUCAAACGAACAAGAUGAGAGUGUUUGAGAAUUGACAGUCACCCGAGCUUGAUUUAAAAUACUUGCCCAAUACUUUUAUGCAUGUUUGUAUUCUAUUUAAGCCCAAACAAAGUUGGAAGACUGAUCAAACCUUUAUUUUGUUAAUAUAGCCGCUUAAAAUAAUAAAAUGUUCCCCUUUAACAGUAUUUUAACAGUGCGUGGCUGGCAACUCUCACAACUCUCAUGAACACUUAUCGCUCUUAUACCACUAGUCGAGGAAUUCAAAAAAUUGUGAACGAGAUAAAUUAUCUGUAUAAAUUACCAGAACAGAUGAGAUAUCGAUAUUAUAAGUAAUUUAUUUGACUAUGUAUGAAUUAACGACAGCGUAAGAAAAUCAGCUUGACUUUAUCAAAUGCUUCAAAAUAUAUAUAUGGACAUGCACAAUUAUAUAAUACUCAGCCAUUGAAAUAUAUCAUGAUGUCUUUGUAUGCAAAGUAGGUCAAAGUUAUGCAUGAAAGUUUGCAUGAGCUUGGCCGCAUUGAAAUUUGAAAUAGUUCUCUUAUAGAGAGAUUGCCCAAGAAGGCUUAUAGCCAUAGGUAAAUCCUAUUACUUGAAGGAUUUGUAACGGAAACGCAUGAGGAAACUGAUUCUUGAUUGUUAAACAGCACGAGUCUGUUCCCUCGGAAAAACUUUGGCCACAUGGCUGCCUUGGCUAUCAAUAUAUGGUACCUUGGCUAAACAUGGCUACUUGGCUCAUGCUGCAAUAAAAUACCGUCUGGAACCAACAAGGAAGCUUUAGAUUGGCCUGGAAUUUUCUGGCCAGUUUUACACGUCAAUUUCCGUCGAAUUUAAUUUGAUACAUUUAAUGCUUCUGGAUAUAGAUUUUACUGUCAAUUUCUCGAUCUCGAAACCCGCGUCGAAUGCUUCGUUCAUGCACUUGACGUGUUGCCCCCAAUUUAUUCUAAAACGUGUAUUGGUCUCGAAUAAAAAAAACCCAGCUGCUUUAAAUUCAACUCGAAAUUUAAUGACUUAAAUUCAACUCGAAAUUAAAUGAGGUCUAUAUGUCUAUGAUUGCGCUAAUAACAGUAUACGUGGGCUUACCUUCUAAGAAUGCGUGUUUGACACUCGUUAUAUAUCUUGAAACGUCGUUUCCGGACAAAGGCGCUUUAGCGGUUCAGGGUUAGUGGGAUACUGGGAUAGUGGGAUACUGAUAUAUAUAUAUAUAUAUAUAUAUAUAUAUAUAUAUAUAUAUAUAUAUAUAUAUAUAUAUAUAUAUAUAUAUAUAUAUAUAUAUAUAUAUAUAUAUAUAUAUAUAUAUAUAUAUAUAUAUAUAUAUAUAAAAUUUGGUUUUGUUGGUUAUAAUAACUUUUGGCAAAGUGCUCAAUGGAAAACCAGAGCAUAUUUAAAUUAAGGUACAACAAAUCAACAAAAUCCACUAGGCAUCUUUAUUACUAAAUAGUUUCGUACCACAGUAUGUGGCACUCUUUAGGUCAAUUUAUCUGAAGAGUGCCACAUACUGUGGUACGAAACUAUUUAGUAAUAAAGAUGCCUAGUGGAUUUUGUUGAUUUGUUGUACCUUAAUUUAUAUAUAUAUAUAUAUAUAUAUAUAUAUAUAUAUAUAUAUAUAUAUAUAUAUAUAUAUAUAUAUAUAUAUAUAUAUAUAUAUAUAUAUAUAUAUAUAUAUAUAUAUAUAUAUAUAUAAACUUGAAUAAAGACAAACUUUAAAUGUUAAAGCCUAGACACUUCAAUUUAAGUGCUCAUAUUUAAGUUGCGCCUAUUUCCAAGUGAUAAACUGAUAUUGGUUUAAUUGUUUUGCUCAAAAACUUCUUGACUGAGACUGAGCUUAUUAUUCUAAAAGGCAAUAAUAAAUUAAAAUCACAUAUAUUAGGCCCUAUUAUCUAUAUCAUAGUAUCGAUAUUCAUAAUAUUGGCAAUGUUAUAUAGUUUCGUUUCCUUGUCGAAAGCAGACAGUAGUUUGUUAAUUAUAUCAAACAAUGGGGGACUAUGCUCAUGGAGCCAAAAGUUCAUCAUGCGUAACUAAUUUGUUGCUGACUAGAAGAAAGGCCUUUGGUUUUAUUAGACAAAGCCAAUUUAUCAAAGUCAUUGGCGAGCAAAUAAAUUUCACAAAAACACAAUUUACAUUGCGAGUUGUCGCUGCAUGGCUUUCCCAAUUUCCAUGCAUGCAUAUAUGGCCGUAAAAACAGAGUCACGAUCUUUCUCAACGGCCAGUUUAUAAUAUUCCCUAGUUAUAAUUACUCCGCGUAAUUUCAGUUCUAAAAUAUUGUAUUUCGGCUGAUGAGAAAGAUUGUGACUCAAUCUUUACGACCGUUAUACGACAUAUAUGGGAACCAAAGACAAAGUGUUUGUGGUCUUUGAUCAUUGAAAAACACGGCAAGCCAUAUAGCAAGACGAUAAACUGACUUAGGUGCCUACUUAGCUUUUCCGAGAAUCCAAUUAAUUCCUUCGGUGGGGAGGUUGAACUUGCCCUAGUUGAACGACGGGUACCUUGCUGAACAAAAUUUAAACUGUAACUGUAUAUAGGAACAUAUGAAUUCGUUGAGAAAACAAAUAAACAGAUGCAACUAAACGUUUAACUUUAAGUUUUUUAUUGUAACUAUUAAAAAAAGGCCUAUAUAAGUGUUUUUCAGCGCAUGACGUCAUUAUAUAAGAAAGGUCGAUCGGUCAUGCAGCGAUCGAGACCGCAAUAAGUCACGUAUCUCAGUCCUAUAAAAUCACGUCCAUUUCAAAGUUUGGGAACUCUGGAACUGAGAUACCAGCAGAAAACUAAUUUAAAAAGUUUAAGGGUAUCAGUUAAAGGGGCAAUGUCACCGAUUUUUGAGCAAUUGCAACCCUCGCAAAUUUUGCCCAAAACUGAAAAAGAGUAUAAGCGCAAAAUAAAGCAAUAACAGACACAAAAAACAUGUACAGAAAUCUGGAUGGGCAAGAUUACGCCAGUAUUAUUGACAUAGAUUGUAAAUUGCAUCUUGAUUAAUUGUUGGCAGAUACUUUUCAAGUUUUAGUCAAUUUUUAUGAAAAUGCCAUAUUACAUGUUACAUGUUGCGUGGAAGUUCAAAGUUGUUUAAUGUGACUCAUAUAUCAUAACUUAAUCCAUUUACAAUGUUUAUUUUUAACUUUGUAGUUCAGUUUUUGAAUAAAAGGCAUUUUAGGUAAUUAGGUCACUGAAAUCGGUGACAUUUCCCCUUUAAAUGUAUAUAUGUGGUUAAUACGUGGGCAGGUGGCCUGAGAAAGGAACGAAACCUGAUAUAAAAUUAUCCUUGUUGUGUGGGGAACGGAUACAGUCAAUAAACCAGGAGGGUCGGAGUAUGAAACCUCUGGCUUUUUAGGUUAUUAAAUAUUUACAUUUCUUACAACAUGUAGUUAUAAAAACACGCGUGGGAGUUUGGCAGAACGAAGUAUAAUCAGUGGGAAAAUGAGCCUGAAGGGCGAUUUUUUCCACGUAAAAGUAUUUUUAAUUAGCGGACACACACCUAAUUGUCCUUAAAAUAAAUAAAAUAUAUCUGGAAAACCUGGAUGCAUGCUUAUAUAUACAGGGUAUUCUGUUUUGUGUGAAACCAUGCAGUCUGGCUAGCUGUGAAAACGCUAUAGCGAACCGGGAGACUUAGUGAAAUUUCGAUGCUCUAGAAUGCCAGGAACGAUCAGUCUCAACAAAGUCAUUAUAAUUUAUUUGUUCAUUGUGUAAUAUAUAUUUAUAAACGCACGCGACAGCAUAUGCGAAAACUGCAUAUACAAGUUCGUACGGUUUCAUGCGUCCUGUGUAAACGCGGCAUAGCGAAACCGGACCAUUUUGACACGGUUUCGAAUUCAUCCGGCCCCGUGAAAGACAAAUAAGAAGAAGUAUUGUUUCGAGUGCAAUUGGGAAAAAAACAUGCAUGAGUGCGUUUUUCAAAGAGUAUCAAAAUUGCACGACCGAGUCGAGGGACGAGUGCAAUUUGAAGUCUUUGCAAAAUUCACGAGUGUAAGUUCUUUCAAAUUGCACGAGAAACCGUACUAUUAUACUUAUUAAUGAUAUGCAUGAAGAAAUUAUGCACUCACGUGCGUAUUGAAAUUAAGAAAAUUAAAAAUGAAAAAUAAAAAAUUAAGAAAAAUUAGAAAAUUAAGAAAUUUGCACUCAGUGUAUAUAUUUCUUUUUUGGCACUGUAUUUCAAAAAAAUUCCAUUGUUCUUAGCCAAUCAACACUGAAAAAUUUUUUCAUGUAUAUUAUUAAGGCAAUUAAAAAUUCGAUACUGUUCGAUCCUUGAUAAUUUUCGUAUCGUUGCAGUGUUUUUCCUAUAGCCUACGGACUUACUGCCGGGCGACAGGAGGAAUGUAACGUGGAGCUUCCCAGUGUAGUAAACACGUCUCCACUACAUGACCCUGCAUUUUCACUUUUAUAUGACAAAUUUUAAAUUUACCCUCCCAUAUAGAUUAAUUAUCCGGGAUGAUGAAGUGGAAUUUUACGAUGGUGAUGUUCACUCUAUUGGUGGUUGCUCUUUGGUGUGGAGUGGUCACAAAUGCACAGGACAAAGGUAAUAAAAAAUGCUCAAUUUGGAGAGAAAAUGGUUUCGAGUGCAGUUUGCAUGAAACAUGUACGUCCAGUAGAUGUUCCCGCAAAAAUCCAUAAAAAUUGUGGAUCCAUGUAAGAUUCUUUACUCUUGCAAACCGCACGACAAUUUUCGUCAUUUUGAAGAAAUUGAAUUUUCGACCAGGACUCAAUUUUUAAUUUUACAGUCGUGCUACUGCAUGUCUUUUUUUCCCAGAAACUGGUUCAAAUUCGAUUGAUUUAUACGAUUAACGCAGAUUUAUAUGAUUAUCGCAGAAAUGUGCACUGUUGUUUGAGGUACACUGCACUUGAAACAGUCAUCACUGUCGAGCAGUAGCUUAUAAUUGUUCGCAUAUUUGAAUCUGUGGUGUCAAUGAUAAUUUGUUUAUUCCAACACAAUCAUCAGGUUCUAAUAUUUCGCAGUUUGGGGAUGUUUUUUAGGCAAAAAUGGCCCAAAAUAUAUCAUUCGAAAGCUCUUUUCUUCUAUUUUUUGUUUGUUUACAUUUUGUAAUCCUUUUAGUAUGUUUACAUUUUGUAAUCCUUUUUGUAAUCCUUUUAGUUAUAUUUAGAAUAAGAAAUUUCGGGGAUUGAAAGAAGGGUGAUAAGGGGCAUAUACGAUUUGAACUGAGGUUUCAACUAAAGCAUUUUAUAGCUGUUGUACGUUUAUGAAAAGACUGCGAACAACAGUUUUAUGCUCCUUGAAAAACCCAUUCGCGAUAUUUUUCUUUAGAAUGCACUCGAAACCGCUUUGUUAAAAGGACUAAAAUUAUGAAAAAAGACUCCAGGGGUAAAAUUUGAGUUGUCCAAAAGCAAAAAGAGAGAAAAAUUUCUUUACUGAGCUCGCCAUGCUAAAGUUUCAGCCAACGUUGUGCAUGCAAUUUCCAGUCAUGUUUAACAAAGAAAUUUUUCUUUUAUAGGAUCCUUGAAAGGAAACACUAAGACUACUAUUGUUCCGACACCCAGUAUUGCUGUGGGUAAUACGAAUUUACCUAGAACAACGUCGUUAUCACAUUUUGCAGGAAGCCAAACUACUCUCUCACAUCAUUCAACUAUAACAGGUAGUAAAAACCGUCUUUAAUACCUUUCUUUUGCCGUUGUCACUAAACGUUCAUCAUUAUGUUUUGUCGUUGUUGCUAAACAUUUGUCAUUUUGUUUUCCCGAUCAUAAAUGAACUAAAUGCAUGGGGUCAUCUCACUCGUCUGAUAAAUUGAUAUUUAAGGACGUUGUACAUGGAAUUUCGAAUGUAAUUUUAAAUUUAUUACUUAGCUAUGCAUGGUAUAAUUUUGCAUGUGUCAGUCAUUAGACAGAAUUUCGUUGGUCUUUCUCAAAGUCGAUAUAGACUGACAUACAAUGCAGUAAGGUCUUUGAGAAUACAGAGCUAUACAAGUUGAUUGUAUAAAAAGAAAUGAGUCCAUGAAUCUUUUUGAAUACUAGAUCUUAUAAAACUAUUUUAGUUCUAUUUUAAAGCUUCGAACAAAGCAUUUAGAAGAUUUAGUGGAACGCAUCAUUUUUGAUGCCCUUAAUAACAUUUAUGCAAUUUUACUUUGUUAUUUCAUAGUCGCGUUUGUAAUUGUUGAAUUUUUUUGCAUAAAUUUUAAUGAUUUUUUAAAAACAAUUUAGCUACAAGAUUUUCGGUUGUUUUAUUCAUCUCAUAUACUUCUGAAUCUUUUACAAAAAUAAUCAUAACACAACAUCAGUUUUGGAAGGCUGAAUGACUAUAAGGUUUAGAAUUAAUGUAAACAUAAACAGUUGUUUUAGUGCUCAUUUUGAAGUUUACCUUCGAAUCGAGCAAUCUGUUCUUUUCUGAUACAUCGUGUAGGGUACCUUAAAAUAUGAUGAUCAAUACGCGCUGUGUAUAUGCAUUCUAUAGUGCACGGUGCUAGUUUUUUUUUUUGCCUCUUUACUUUUUCAGCAACAAGAACAAUUGGUAAUUCAAGUAUGUCAGUAAAUGCGACAACAGUAUUGCCUCCAUCACACGGUAUUGUACUCUUUAUAAAUUUUAAUGUGUCUAACGAUUUUACUCGUCAAAGGGUAUUAUCGUCGGUUACUGGGGGGGGGGGGUUGUUCAAAUAACCAGUCCGCCUGCUCUUGUCUACGAGCCAAUGUUCCCUAUUUAUUCAUCCGACGCUGGACAAUUUUACUCUUUAAAGGGUAAUUGUUGGUCGUUGAUGAACUAACCGGCAUGCAAAAUUGCAUGCUCAUUUCCAGGGAUGGAUCCAGCGAGAUCUGCAUGGAGGUAGCGGGUUGCUUGUCUGAUUUUAGUCUGCAUGGGUUCGAAUGUUGCCAAGUGCGUAAUCACUAAAGGACGCUAUGGCAUCAAGGCACUUUCAGACUCUUUCUCAAAGAAUGUCUUUGGUUAUAACUGAAGAUUCAAUAUAGUAUGUCAUUCCAUUCGUGUAUGAGAUUCAUUCUUACCUAAGAUGAAAAGGGGAAUGUAUUGCACCACUGGAAGCAAUGCGACUGUUGUUGGGUGCGUAAUCACUAAAGGACGCUAUGGCAUCAAGGCACUUUCAGACUCUUUCUCAAAGAAUGUCUUUGGUUAUAACUGAAGAUUCAAUAUAGUAUGUCAUUCCAUUCGUGUAUGAGAUUCAUUCUUACCUAAGAUGAAAAGGGGAAUGUAAAUGUAUGUCAUUCCAUUCGUGUAUGAGAUUCAUUCUUACCUAAGAUGAAAAGGGGAAUGUAUUGCACCACUGGAAGCAAUGCGACUGUUGUUGGGUGCGUAAUUACUAAAGGACGCUACGACAUCAAGGCACUCUCAGACUCUCAAAGAAUGCAAGUGCGUAAUCACUAAGGACGCUACGGCAUCAAGGCACUCUCAGUCUCUCUCUCUCAAAGAAUGUCUUUGGUUAACUGAAGACUCAGCAAUGUGUCAUACCAUUCGUGUAUGAGGCUCAUUCUUACCUAUAUAAGAUGAAAGUGGUAAUGUAUUGGUACCAUUGGGUACCUAUAAGGCCUAAUCCGUUUUUGUGAAUGCGCUGUUAACGUCCUUCAUGCAUAUUUGUAUUUUAGGGCCAAGGGAGAGAGAUGACUCAAAGUUGGGUUUUAUCAUUGGCUGUAUUGCUGCUGCAGUGGGUACGGCGAUUGUUGUUACCAUCGUGACACUACUAUACAUGCGCAGAAAGCGAUGCAAGCAGGCCGCAUCAAACGUAAGUCAGACUUUAUUAUCUUCUGUCUAACCUAACACUAAACUACCUUAACUAUAUUGCGAAGUUUUGAACUAUUCUCACUUUUUAUUAUUAUUAUUUAUUAUUUAAAAUUAUUUGAAAACGGUAGCCCUUCAGCGGCAAAGAAAAACUGAUUUUCAAGGGGAGUAUUUCAACUUGAGUUCUAGUGAGGGCGAAUCUUACUAUUGUCCCGUGUGUUAAUAUACGGGGUAAAUGAAAUGCUUGUGUGCGAUUGAGGCAAACGUAAAGUACUUUCUCACACGUCAUACCUGAAGCAAAAUUCUGGUAUUUUAGGAAUUGCAUCUAGGCUCCAGAAUCGAAGAGCGCGUAUCACAUAACUCAAACGACUGAAAAUGAUUUGCGUCUUAUGCAAACGAGUUCUCCAAAUUUUAUAAAAGCCAAUAGAAAACAAUAUGAUACGGUAUAAGCAAUAUAAAAACCGUCCUUUAUCCUUGACACAGACCCUUCACCUCCACGUGACGUCAUAUGAAACCAUUGAGAAUUCAUCCAAGCUUUCUCGAUCGACUCUCGUUCUUGUUUCCUACACGUGCAACCUACACGACGACGAAUCACGACAACGAAGACGUACUUGAGAAUUUUUGCUUGUCUUGAUUGCUAGUGAUGUUACCGCUUUUUGUUUUUCAAUUUACUAUUCUACUUUUGAUCUUUCGUAUGUUUGAAAUAAAAUUCGAACUAAUUAUAUUAUUUAAUUUUUAAGAAAAGUCUAAAUUUGGAAAUUUGACUGAUGAAAGCGGAUUGUGAAUAUAUAUUAAAUAAAUUAGUAUAGCUCGCUAAUACAUACAUUCUGUCAUUUCUGUGCUUUCCCAGUACUAUAGUUAGUAACGGUCUACGGUCAAAUUUUCCAGUUUUAAAAUUUUCCAGCAUUGUUUAUCUGCAUGGGAACCGUAUGCAAGAGCUGCAAACACGCUGUUUUCGUAUUGCCAUUUAAUUCCCACUUAUAGUCCAGUCCCUUAAAGUGGCUUGAUACAGCUGUCAAAACCCUCAGGUGUAUGUAUAAUAGUUUGACGGUUUUAAACAUCGUAUAUAUUUAUGUUUCAUGCAGCAGAUAUCAGGAUACAUACGAAAAUCAAUCUAAAAUAAUUUUUCAUGUACUAUUUUACUUACAUACAACAUGGACCAACAAUAAGCAAAAUAUGCAAUGCCAUUUUUUAAAAAAACGCACAAAUGUCGUUUUCUCCGUUUUGUACAAUGGCGCGAAAUGGCUUGAGCAAGCCAUAUAUAUAUAUAUAUUCAUUGGUAAUGAUAAUUCACUGCGCUAAUGGGUAAGUUGUGGUAUUACUACCGCCUCAUCCUGAUUGGUGGCACUGGCAACCCCUCUGAUUUCAUAUUUUUAGGCACUCCUUCUGAUACUAAUCAGCAUGAAGACUAAAUUAACCAAUUUCCACAAGGGUGCCUGACUUUAUCAUAUCUAGUCCGACGACUUUUCCUCAAGCGAUUGGACUAUACAGUACUCUUCAUAUUUUAGAGAGAGAAGAAUAGAUUGCCCUUUCAUGUCAGGGAAAUGUCAGUUGGAGCAGCCACCAAUCUUGGUGCUGACGAGCUGGGUGAUAAUAUUGGUGAUGUUAGGCAUGAACACAGGGAGGUAGGAAUGAUUUAUUUUUGUAUCUCGGAUAAUAAUACGAUUUUUGACGCUGGCUUGUACACAGGAAAAAUUUUUCCAUUAAUGGGUUUUUGAAUGGUUUUUAAAGAUUUGCCAUGUAUGCUAUCAAUGAAAAAACUGAACUCUUACCAUUAUUGGGUAUUAUAGGAUGAUCUACCAUAUGGUAAAUUGGUAAAAACCAUGAUUUAAUUUAACAUUUACUAUUAAUGGUAUUUUCCCGGUAAAUAUUAAACAUAGUUUUUACUAAUUUACCAUAUGGGAAAUCUAUAAUAACCAAUAAUGGUAGUGUUCAAUUUUUACGUUCAAAAAUCCAUUAAUGGAAUUUUUUUCCUGUGGCGACCGCCGGAUUUUUACUUCAAUUUGUUUAGAUUUGAAAUCGGAAUUACCCCUUUAUAUUAUAGAGGUAGCGUCGCUCUUUGGCUCCCUAACUUUUGCAACCAUGCGGUCAGAUACGCUACAAAGAAGUACAAGAAGAUAAAUAUUAAAUACAAGAAGACUAAACUUGGAUAUAUCUUAGUAAAGAAACACUGUAGAUGCAUGGCUGUCAAAUCAAAACAUUUUGCAUUUGUGUGCUUUUGUUUAAAGCCUGGUUCCAUUAAAUCGUAAAUAUCGCGAUUGUGGCGUCGCAAAAGUUGCAGAAAUAGCUGGUUGCAAUUUCUGCGACCGCGAUUUGUCCGAUUUUUGCGAUUGGGCGACGUUUGCGAUUCUUGCGAUUUAAUGAAAACCUGGCUUAAUUGUCCAGAUCCAGACGUCUAAGACAUUUUCUAACAUAUAAAUACGGCCAUUUUUUUGUUUCUCAGAAACAAAAUAAUUUUAUUUAUCACCAUGCAAACUUAUUGCAAAUUAGAAACUAUUUCUAAUUCCUGACGUAAAAUAAAAAAACGUAAAAUUGCUUAAAUUAAUGGACAAAUUUACUCAAUUUUUUGAGAAAAGUAAAUGAGUACAAUCAAAAACUGAUUAACUUUGCUCAUAAAUCAGUAAUUUCACUAAAUAUUUUGAGUCACUGUGGGUGCAUUACACGUAAAUUAUUCAAUAUAUAAUUAUAGGUGUUUGGAGGAACCCUGGGUGAAUUUACAUGAUCUUUGUUUUCAUAGGAAGACGAAAUCGAUCAUAUUUCUGCUUCGAGAAAUUUAUCGCUAAGAAGUGCUCUUCCACCUCGCACCUCAUCUCGUUGGCCAGAGGUAGGGGAUAGGCCCGCUAGUCCAUCGCUUGGUGGCACGGCGCGAAGGAUGGGUGAACCUGGUUCUCCUGGUUUCCACAACAGUGUAGCCGAAGAAGAAGGCUCCAUUUCAAUGUCGGAGCUGAAAGAACGUCGCAGUAGAAGUAAUAUAUAUAUAUAUUGUAAAUAAUAUUUCACAUUAUUGUUGAUAGAAAUAUGGUUUGUAAAACCUGCAAGCUUUAAACGGUUAGUAAUUGAUUAAGCAUGUACCUGAUCUACUGAUGUUGAAAAUGAGAGUGAUUAAUAUACACCGCCUGCACAGGCAAAUAUCAUUGAUAAAUUGCUAUAAAGUCUGCUUCACUCAAUGCACCAUUGAAAUCAUGCGUCAAUGCAUGUAGCAUUGAAAUCAUGCAUCAAAUCAAGUAUCGAUAGCUUUGAUGACUAGACCAAUUUUAAUAAUUGUCAAAAUUCGUCUCUGAGAUUAAAUUUUUGAUGCGUACUAAUAAUUUGUUAGGCAAACCAAUGAUAAAAAUAUGGAAUGCUUGUACUGUAGCUAUUGAAUAUUUUUCGGGAUACCCUGCAUAUAAUUUACAGUACGUUUCCAUAAAAGUAAAAAACAUAGAACAAUGAUUUCGUCCACCUUCCAAACCAAGUUUAGUUUCUAUAUAGCUAUAGCUUCAGCAUGCUCCAUUUCGGUGCGCAUGGAGGGCAUCUUAACAAAAAUAAUUUCAUUGGAAUCUCAGUACUUAACCUCAUCUGCCUUAAUUUGUGUUAAAUCUCAUUGGAUUGCUCUAAACUCACCUAUUAACUAUAUAUUAAUGAUUUAAAUAACUUACUUAAGGGAUUGUGGGCAUCUACACUCGAUAUAACCAAUGGAUGAUGCCAUGCAGCUAUAGACUAAAUUUUGAUGUAGGCAAAAAGAACAAAAUCCAACACCACAGCUAGAAAGAGCAUGUUAAAAGUAGUAAAAUUGCGAAGUCUGGUUGCGAAAUGUUGUAAAAUGAGGAAAAUAUAACCUUACGAAAUUUGCAAAUUUUGUAUUAGUUUGUAUUACGCACGGGAAAAUGCAACACUUUCGGUGGUGCAUUUUCCAGCUCGUAAUACAAAUUAAUACAAAAUUUGCAAAUUUCACAGGGCUAUAUUUUCCGGAUAUUACAACAUUUCGCGGCCAAAUUUUGCAAUUUUACUAUUUUUAACAUGCUCUUUCUAGCUGUGGUGUUGGAUUUUGUUCUUUUUGCCGAGAUGAAAAUUUAGUCUAUACUGUAGCUGGCAUCAUCCAUCGUAUAGAAGGGUUUUGUAGAUGGAAAUUUCAAGUGUGCAUUUUAUUCACUUAUUAGACCUAGAAGCAGUUACAGGACCGCAGGUUUGAUUCCUGCCAGAGGACCUAUAUAGUUCCAUUUUUUGCAACCGCUCGCGGUUAGGUCUAAUAAAUGUGUAGUUGAAGGAUCUUGUAGAUGCAAAUUAUCCAGUGGAAAUUUAUAUACAUGUGUUAGACCUAUACGAAAAUCCCAUCCACAAAACCUUUUUACCUAAUUUAGGCACAUUGGAAUCAACGAUGAAUUUAUUUAAAAAAUACAUAGAUGUUUUUAAUUAUUAUAUGUGUUUUAUGAAUUUUGAUGUUUCUCUCAUUCCAGCUGUGUCAAAGCGUCCAGGCCUGGUGAAGAAAAUCAUUACCACGGGAGGAGGUGAAAUAAAGAUUGAAGACAUCACACUUAGCGUCGGAGCUGGAUGUCUGGAUAAGGAUAUAGAAAUCACUUUGAUAAAAGAUGACCAAAAUUUUGCCUUCAAAUCACUGCACGAUUUAGGCCUAGUCGAUGCAGCACCGCGAGUUGUUGAAUUCCUCCCAGAUGGCUUGAAAUUCUCGAAACCAGCAGAUCUUACGAUCAGAUUUGAGAACCCGAUCUCCGAUUCUGAACUUUUCAUCCUGCAUGGUUCUUACAAUCGCGACUACCAGAGGACCGUUUGGGAACUGGUGACAAAUGAUAUCGAGGACAACAAAGCGGAGGGGGUUGUUAAUAUGAAAAUUAACGGUUUCUGUUUCUAUAGCUACGUUGUGGCAAGACGUUGGAAGAUAGCCCGGAUAUUAAGUCACCUCAAUAAUUCAUUUUCCUGCCGUGCAUAUGCCCUCUAUCGCAGACUACCGUCACUGGAUACUAUAGAUAUUUCGGUUGUCUUUGUAAGUAAAUUUGUUGAUGACGAUAGAGAAGAAGACAUUAAACAAUUGAGAGAUCAUUUCAAAGAUGGCUACGUUGUAGGAGACAAAGGGAAAUUGAAACGUGUCCACACAGAUCGUCGUCUCGAAAUGAGUUUACAAUUCCCAGAAGUCCCAAGCACACCUAUUUCGUUCAAAGUAGAUAAGGCUGAACUGGAUGAUGACGGUUUUGUUGUCGAUCUGUUUAAAAGAGUCGCAGUAAACAGGCCAGCAAGUGGAAUGGUGAAGAUAAGCGAAGUACAUCGAAGUGUCGAAAAUAAAUUAUUGUGGUUGUUGGAUGUUCGUGAGGUCAUUCAAGAACAGAUUGAUGAAGUUGAACGAGUGGCUCCUUUAGGUACGUUUUACUUCUUUCCGAUUUAAAAAGUCGAGUAAACAACUGUAUAAGUAGAAGUUUAUUCGAUACGAUAUCCUUAUAUAAUUAUGUAAUAAUGUUCAGUUGUAUUGUGUUGUGUUGUGUUGUGUUGUGUUGUGUUGUGUUGUGCUGUUCUGUGCUGCGCCGUGUUGUGUUGUGUUGUGUUGUGUUAUGCUGUGCUGUGCUGCGCUGUGUUGUGUUGUGCCAAUAAUAAUAAGAAAGCUUGCUUCGAAUUGAUAGAGAUACAACUGCCUGAAAAAUACAAGGCGCUUCGCUUCGUCGGGAAGUUAGUUUAGCGGGGAUCGGGAGAAAUCUAUGAGCUUUUACACUAGUGAUUGUAAUAUAGCAUUUGUAAAUUCUGAACGCUGAUUGGCUGAGGGCCGUGUUGAUAUAACUCAAUGUCAACACGGGAAAUUUUCCGCCGCUUGUAAACACGGAAAUUUUUCUUAUCCUUCGGGCUUUUGACAUUGCUAUAUUAUAAAAAAAAUAUAAAACAUUUUUUCCGUGUUGAUAUAUAGUUAUAUCAACACUCGUGGAAGUUGGGAAAACUCGAAAUUGUAUGAAAACACUCCGCCCUUCGGGCGUCGUGUUUCCAUACAAUUUCUCGUUUUCCUAAUUCCACUCGUGUUGAUAUAACUGUAUAUCAACACGGAAAAUGUUUUAUAUUUGUUAAAUAUAAAAGUGAUCACGUAACAAAAAACCCAAUCAGACGGAUUUAGUCAAAACAAAGUGUAAACACAUUUACAUAUGUAAUAUAUUAAUACAAACAUAGAGAAGACUAAAAAAAUACAAAAAACAUGGAAAAUAUACGAAUCAAGUAUGGAAUAAGGUAAGAAUUCAAAGUACUGUCAAUGUUUGCUUUUGACAUGCAAAGACAGAUAAAGGUAAACGUAGUGCCAUAGGGGUGGGCAAUGUCAGGCUUGGAGAUGAGGCGCAUUUCAUGUCCUUUGCGGCAAGAUUGCUUUCAGAAAUGGGACAGAGGGAUUGAAGUUCUCCUUAUAUUUUUCAGGCAUUCCUAUAUUGCCGAAGCUUUCUGUGUGAUGAUAUUACUAUAUUGUUUUAUACUUAUUAUAUUCCAUGUUGUAUUCUAUUGGGUUGUAUUUGUAUCUAAACUAAAGUACUCUUUUUGUAUGCUUUUGUGCUCUAUUGAUGUUCUAUUUCAUUCCAGUACUGACAGCUGUUCUAUUUCAUUUUAGACUCGGAACCAGACCCCGAACCACAAGGUAUAUA